UAGUGAACUAAGUACUAAUAUCUUCGCCACAUUUUGGCUUAACUCUGCAAUUCAGUUAUCUGAAUCACAUGAAUUUAAAAUGAAUAAUUUUAUCGAAGAUAUUAGAAAUAAAGUAAAAUUAGAAGAGUUUGCUGUCAUAAAUACAGCAGGAUCUGCUUUUCCUGGAAGUUAUACUGGAUAUGAUGAUUCGUGGAACUUCAAAAAGUUUAAAAAAAAAUUCAAAAUAGAUGUGAUUAAACUCAAUCAAAAUGAAAUGGAAUUUGAUAUGAUUGGAAUUGAUGCUUCAAUUGCUAAUGCAUUUAGGAGAAUACUUAUUGCAGAGGUCCCUACUAUGGCAAUUGAGAAGGUUUUUAUAUUCAAUAACACUACAAUUGUACAAGAUGAGAUAUUGGCACAUAGACUAGGCCUAAUUCCAAUAUUAGCUGAUCCACGUGAAUUUAAUUUCCCUCCAGCUAAACUUGAAGAUGAAUCUAAACUUACAGAUGAGGAGCGCUUAGCGGUUGAUGAGCAUCAUCAUCUUGUUUUUGAACUAAAAAUAAAAUGUUCAAAAAACCCAAAAGCAUCAAGUGAUGCCACAGAUCCUGAUGUACUUUACCUCAAUAACAAAGUUAUGACCAAACAUAUGAAAUGGAUUCCAAUUGGUAGACAAGCAGAAAAGUUUAGCACAAAUAUUGUUCGUCCAGUAUUUGAUGAUAUUCUGAUUGCUAAAUUGCGACCUGGACAAGAGCUUGAUAUUAGGAUGCAUUGUGUUAAAGGCAUUGGCAAAGAUCAUGCUAAAUUUAGUCCAGUUGCUACAGCCUCUUAUCGAUUAUUGCCUGAGAUUACACUUCUCAAACCUGUUGUCGGUGAAUUGGCAGAGACCUUGGCCAAAUGCUUUUCUAAAGGAGUAAUAAAAGUUAUAGAAGAAAAUGGAAUUACGAGAGCCGUUGUUGAUAACCCUAGAAAAGAUUCAGGAAUGCGGGAAAUAUAUCGAAAUGAAAUACUAAAAAAAAUUGUCAAACUUGAAAAGGUUCGCGACCAUUUUAUCUAUUCUGUUGAGUCAACAGGUGCUCUACCUCCUGAUGUACUAGUUGAAGAAGCUAUAAAAAUACUUCACGCUAAAUGUCGAUUAUAUAUUCAACAGCUAAGGAAAAGUCACUCAUGAGACGACACAAGAAAGAAUUAACAUUAUGAAUGUUUUAAUAUUUAAUUUGAAACUUUUUGUCA